AUGCAAUUUAUUUUUAAUUUAAUUAUUUCCAUAUUAUUAUUAUUUUCUUUAAAAUUAAUUAACUGUCUCAACAAAAAUCCAUUUCUUCAACGCCCAAAUAUAAUGGUUUUUAUGGUUGAUGAUCUAGGGGUUGGAGAUUUACAAAUUUUUGGAAAUUUGGAACAAGAAAUUAAUCCGGUUGAUAAAUUGGUGCGUGAAGGGAUUAAAUUUACUAAUGCUUAUUCUGCUGAUUCUGUUUGUUCUCCUGCACGUGCUGCAUUUAUGACUGGUAUUUUAGAAUAA